AGGGGCAUAUGUUUUGCUCAGGAAGCUGUGACGCAGCUAGCAAACGCCGUGUGCUACAUUCAAUUCUAUCGCAUAACCCAGUACCUUUCUAUCAACUUCCGGUUUCGUCAUUUCUAAAAUAAUUGCUAUCAAAAGUGACCACAAGAUAAAGACAUUAAAUCACGUUUAGAUCUUGUAUACAAGGCGAAAUCCUGUCAAUAUGGCAACUGUGCAGGAUUCGCAACAAUCCCAAGGGGGUGUCGAUAGCUUCCCCGUCUUAGAGAUAUGGGAUCCUUCAAAGAAAUACACUUUUGUCAAGCCUACAAAACAGAUUAACGAUGGACCUGACGUCGCCCGGUUCCUGACUUCAAAGGCGUAUCGAGAUAUUGGCAUAUUUGUUAUGCAACUAAAUCGCGCCAUGUGUCCUCGGAAGUCUAUAGGAGAUGACGGGAAGGACAAGAUUAUAACUUUCCAAAUCGGUUCGGAAUACGAGACCCAACCGGUCCAGUCGGUAUUGAAGCUGCAAAGGUUACUUGUCAGGAUAGAGUCUUAUAUCGACGAAGCUCCGCCUGAUCAGGGCCCGAGGCGCUUUGGAAAUGUUAGCUUCCGGAAGUGGUAUAGGUUACUAGAGGAAAGAGUCGUGGACCUCCUUGAAGAGUUCCUACCUGAUUCCGUCUUAAAUUUUGGCCCCGGAGGUGAAUCCGAUACAACCUCCAAAGACGAGCUCACAGCUUAUCUACUCGGUGGAUUUGGGAGUCCACAGAGACUCGACUACGGAACCGGCCAUGAGUUAAGUUUCUUAGCUUUUCUCGGAGGUCUAUGGAAGCUUGGCGCAUUUAAAGAUGGUAAGCCGGGUGGUGAAAUUGAGCGCAGCAUUGUGCUGGGUAUUUUUGAACCCUACCUUCGAGUGGUGAGGCGCUUGAUUCUAACAUAUACGCUUGAGCCUGCGGGAUCCCAUGGCGUCUGGGGUCUAGAUGAUCACUCGUUCCAACCCUAUAUCUACGGCUCGGCACAAUUAAGCCGCGCGAUUACAGAUUCAGAGCCUAUGCCGAUUGAAGGCUCCCUGUUCCGGGCACCUAAACCUGCACAAGUAGUCAAAGCUGAAUAUAUUGAACAAGAGAGAAAGAAGAACAUGUAUUUCUCAGCCAUAGGGUUUAUCAACGAUGUGAAGAAGGGUCCUUUUUGGGAACACAGUCCCAUACUAUUCGAUAUAUCCGGUAUCAAGGACGGUUGGGGUAAAAUCAACAAGGGAAUGAUCAAGAUGUUCAAUGCCGAGGUUCUUUCUAAAUUCCCAGUGGUGCAACAUUUUCCAUUCGGCUCACUAUUCUCUUGGGAACAGGAUCCUAAUGCCACGGCCCCUCAGCAGAGUAUCCAUAUGGCAAACCAACCCCCUUCUACGACAUCCAUGCCGCCGCCAACUGCAGCAACUGGAUCCGGUACAGCUGCACCAUGGGCACAGGCAACAAAUAUGCCGCCACCCUCCGGACCUGGUGUUCCAUACUCCCGAGCACCGUGGGGUCCGGGACAUCCUGUCCCUAGGCCAUCUCAACCACGGACCAGCACGCCAGGUACCCAAUCACCUAUCACCCAGGCCCCUUGGGCUAAAUCUAGCGACAGGCCAAGUGGAUAAAUGCGCAAGUUAUCUUACGAGGUUCGUCUUCUAGAAGCUUAGGUUUACUUCUACGAAGUAUUCGUUUACUCAAGCUUCUUAAUAACUCGCAGGGUGAAGACAAGGGUCCCUCAAAAUUUAUUGAGCCCCAUAGUCCUAAUUAAAAACACGACCGCGAGCCCCAGGCGCUUUCUAUGUAUGAUUGCCAUAUUUAAUAGAAGCGAUAUUGCAAACUCGGCCAGGAUACUCGAAAGCCCCUAUCUCAGGAUUAGACCCUAUAUGUAUUAAGGAUAGCUAGUUACGUAGAAGUGGAUAGAGUUAUGAUCACUCGUAAGACCCAUGAAAAGAUACGGUAUUCAAGUGCGUAAUGAGAGCCCACAAUGAACCAGAC